AUGGCGUCUUCCUCAUUAUCUCACCAACAAAGUGUGGAAUCUGACCCUUCCAGUGAACUUGAAAGGGAAGGGUUCAGUGUAUGUACAAAAGGAUAUGAUGCAUUCAUUAACCACCGGGGUCCUGACGUUAAAGAAUCUGUGGCUUCAGAAAUUUACAAUUUUCUGCAGCGUAUGGAAUAUCGGGCGUUUCUGGAUCAGCCCGAGUUGGAACUGGGAGAUUCAAUUCACUCUACCAUAAAAAAUGCCAUAACCACUUCCAUAGUUCAAAUCUCCAUCUUCUCACCGGGAUAUGCAGAGUCUUGUUGGUGCCUAGACGAGCUGCUUCUCAUGUUGAAAACCAAGGCUCGAUUUAUUCCUGUAUUUUGUGAUGUGGAUCCCUCUGACCUUCGCUAUCCUGACAAGAGAGUUUAUGCGCGUGCAUUCGUUGAACAUGAAGAAAAAAGGAGAUUCAGCAAGGAGAGGCUUCAACGGUGGAAGGAAGCCCUCCACUCUUCGUCACUCUUCUGCGGCUACAAUUUCAGCACCUCUAAUGAGUAA